GUAUGACAAAAUAAAUUGGAGUAACCCAGAUUACGGCAGAAUUCGCAAUGGAGUAUAUCGGAAUACGUCAGAGUUGCAGAAGAUUCAGUUCACGUGAUUGAGAUAGAUCGCAGUUAGCCAGGAUAGGCUGGAGGUAAGCGCACCCUAGAGGAGGCCUGAUCAUGACACGUAGCCUCUUCCGAGGGCGAGAAUCGAAUAGUGACUCCUGGGGGGUGCGCGCGCGUUGUCGCGCGAUAUCGGUGGCUGCGCGUUGAUACGACGCGCGGUCUCGCUGCGCCGACAGAGCAGCAUUACGGUCGCGUUACUCUCGCGACACGGAAGACCGAGUGGAGAAUACAUCCUGAUAUUCUUGACGCGCGCGCCAACCAUCUAGGCGAGGAAGCGCGCAGCCGAGAGAUCCGAGCGAGCGUCAAGCUCGAUCUUCGUCCUCGCAUCGACGUGGCACAGUCUGUCGCUUCUUGCCGUUAUCAUCACUUCUGCUGCGAGCAGCCAGAAUUAAUUCGUGAACGAAUUGAAUAAUAUCGGAGGGAGACGAGAAUCUGUCCGGCUUUUCAGCAAGCAUCAUCGAAAGUGUCAUCACGUGUGAAUACGAGCUGGUUCUGGAAGCAAUCUGUUCCACGUCAUCAAUCAAAAUUCUGAAGAGCAAUCUUCUUCCGUGAUAACGUGUCACGAUCGACUCUGAGAUUUCCUAGGUCGUCGACCUGUGGUCUUCCUGCCUCUCGUCCUGCGCGAGUGUCGCGUAGCGUUUCACCGGGCAAAGUGUAGUUCUGUGUCGUGAUUCUUUAUCAUCUUUAAUCCCCCCGAGAAUAUCUCAGGUGUGAGUCUUCCGUUUGUGAUCAUUCUAUCGGCGUCGAUAAGUCACUUUAUUGGUCCACGCGACCAGCUGCUACCGUCUUUCUCUCUCUCUCAUUGUCUCUCUCUCUCUCUCUCUCUUUCUCUCUCUUACGUCACUCCAAUCGCAGCAUGGGGGACCAGGAGCAACAGGAAACGAUGCCAAGCGUGGUAGAGUUGAACGUGGGCGGCGUCUUCUACACCACUGCUUUGACUACACUGACUCGCGAGAGCGAUUCGCACCUGGCGGCACUCUUCACUGGCAAAUUCACCGUGGAAAAAGACGCCAAAGGCAAAUAUUUUCUGGAUCGCGACGGCGUACUCUUCCGUUAUGUAUUGGACUUUUUGCGCAAUCAGGCACUCGUUUUACCCGAGGGCUUUCGUGAACGUGAGAGACUCAAACAGGAGGCGAAUUUCUAUGGUCUACCUGGUUUAGAGAAGGCAAUUUUGGAGAAUACAGAUUCCGGCGGACAAAUUGGCAGCGCAAUUAGCAAACGCGCACCAGGAUACAUCACCAUCGGCUAUCGGGGCAGCUUUGCCUUUGGCCGCGAGGGUCUGGCCGACGUCAAGUUUCGCAAGCUCUCGAGGAUCCUCGUGUGCGGCCGCGUGGCGCUCUGCCGGGACGUUUUUGGCGAAACGUUGAACGAAAGUCGCGAUCCUGAUCAUGGCAUGUCCGAUCGCUACACAUCACGCUUUUUCCUGAAACACAGCGUCAUCGAACAGGCCUUCGACAUGCUGCAAGAGCAGGGCUUUAGACUAGCGGGCAGCUGCGGCUCCGGCACCGCCGGGAGCAACUCCGAGCAACUGAAACCUGGAGUGGAUUCUGAAGAGAAUCGUUGGAAUCAUUACAAUGAGUUUGUCUUCGUGCGCGAUUAAAGAGUUUCGCAAGCGAGUACUUUGGCUAAACAUCGUUGACGGCUCUUAUUUUGCAAAAAUACGAGGCUGCGAUCGCAGCUGAUGCGAAAAAGGACUUCUUCAGUUAUUCGAAACAGUUCAGACAGAAGUGGAAACAUUUGCGAAAACACGUGUGUCUAACAUGCGAGCGAAUAACACAAUACGGAACUCUCGUUUAUAGCAUGCUUUAUGAUAUAUAAUGAAGUUGAUAUACAAUAUCAAGUUUAACACAGGAGUUCGUACGAAAGCGUCGGACAAUCGUAUUUCGUGAAGUUCGUAAUUAAUUUUGUCUUGUAAGAAAAUUUCUCAGUCAUUGUUACUAUUAAUCAACUUUGACAAUUAAAAGGAAUUUGGAAUACUGUGACAUUCGAGAAUACUAACAUCGUCUUCUGAAAUAUUAUCUCUUAAAAUGUUUUUCUCACUUUAAUCAAUUCUUUUAUCGAAUAAAGAAAAAUAGAUAAGACAUGACGAAGAUAGAUAUCCGAAAACUGUCGUCUUUCGAUAGAACCCUCGUUUAAAACAUUGACAGCGCUGAAGUAACGAGAAAUUGGAUUUCUAUAUUAAAGAGAAUUAUGAACUUGUCGAACGUGACCAUGUCGGGAAUCUACGAAUUUCGUCGAACUUGAAUCAAAAUGCAACCUAGAGAAUUAUGAACGACAAGUUAAUGUCGAGCGUCGAACUUAAAAUUUAGUCAAUGUCGAACAUAACAAUUUGGGAACAUAAUGUUGAAAUCAAAGAUAUUUCGUUAAUUCAUGAUCGUAUGUUUUUUAUGUGUAAUUAAUUAUUCAACUGUAAAUGAGUUUGAUUCACAAUACAAAUAGAAUCGAAGACUUUUUUGAAUACGAUGUAAGAUCUUCCGUAAUUGGAAAACGUACCGACGGCAAUAACAAAAUUGCCAUUUCUGACAAAAAUCCGAUGUGCUUCUAUCCAGGGCUGUUGCGAAAGAGAGACGUUUAUUAAAAAGUAGUCUCGCGUAAAUCCACGAGAUGAAAGACGCCAAUAUUGGGCGUUUUUUUAUUGUCGGAGGAUGCGAAGUAAGACGGUGAAUGAAAUGUGCACAAUAAAAA